AUGCAGGUCUUGAUGACCAUGCCGCCAGAGCAACAGGAGUCUCAGCCCCCAGGGUACGACCAGAAUGGGUGGAUGAGCGUCCAUAGCUCUUACUCUCCCAGCCCUCAGGCCUCAGUGUCACCAUUGCAUGAGCUAUCAUCGUUUGACUAUCAUACACCAAAUCCCAUGCCUUUGGAGCCGGCGUACAAUAUGCAUCGUCCUUCGCCAUUCGCUGCGUCGCACCCUCAAAUGUUGCCGCCUUUGAUGACAGCACAUACUGGAUUGUGGCCGAGCAUGUUGGCGAGCCAGCAACCGCCGUCGUCUUACCAUACACCUGUUCAAACGCCUGGGUCCCUACAGACGCCUUUAUCUGCAAGCACGGCAUCGGACGUCACUCCAACCAGUGCCAAAACCAACCCAACGCGGCGCAAACUGACUGACGAAGAACGUCGUCAAAUGUGCAUUGAAGCUGAGCAGAAUCCAACCAUGAAACAAACGCAAAUCGGAGCCAAAUUCAACGUCGAGAGGAGCACCGUGUCAAAAAUCCUGCGGCAGCGGGAUAGGUACAUGAACCCACAAUUCAAGGAAGAAAGCACGAGCCCAAUUGUGAAGAAGUCCAAGGCAAAGCUGCCAGACUUCGAAAAGACUCUGACCAAUUGGGUCAAAAAGCAGCAAGUCAAAGGGCUCCCCAUCAAGGAUGAAGACCUUCGCAAGCAAGUCCAGGUGUUUUCCUUCAGCAGAAGCGAUCAGGCUGUAGUGUCAGGUGCUGCGUGGCUGGAAGCAUUCAAACGGAAGAACAACCUGAUCACCAGUCAGAGCGCCGAUGGGGAGCCCACCCUCAUCGACUCUAGUACCACAUCUUUGUCGCAUACACCUGCGGAUGAAUCCCCACCCUCAUCACACGGUUUGGUUUCGCCUGCAAUGUCCACUCUUGAGGAGUUGCGCCUCAAGAGGGAAGAGACACACGAGUUCUUCGACUUCGACACAGGAAAAGGCUCGUAUGGGCAUUCGCCCUCUUUGGAGCACAACCUCGAAGAACCCGCCCUGGGAGAUGUUCUGUCUCCAAUCACACCAGAACUUGUGCAGGAAGACCCAGAUGGAAUUACCAUGAUGGAAGCGAUACCAGACAUCAGAGGAAAUUCCAGUCGCCAACGGAGCCAGACCUUUUCUCACGUCCCGGGUAUCGGCUCUGACUCUCGUCCCUCGCCGUCUUCAAACGAGGCUUCUUCUUUGCCUGUGCGAUCAUUGACCUCUCCAGGCGACGGUGAACUAUCUGGUAUCGACCCACGGCAAACGAUGAAAAGACAUAAAAGCGUGCCUGAUAUCCAUUACCCUGAACAAGCACGAUUCUCGCCAAUGCCUCCACCACCACUCCCCAAAUCUGCCGAUACGUCCCCUGUGAGUCAUCCUGCAUCUCCUGCUGAAGACGACAACAUCAGGGCUCUCCACACAAUCAAAGCGCUUUUGGAGCAGCAUCCUAAUCUCGCGGAGCCAGAUGACUACCUGGCAAUUGGCAAACUGAUGCAGAAGCUAAAGCUGCUGCGGUCUCCAGCCAACACAUUACUUCCGGGGGGCAUGAUGGAUAGUCCGCGCAUCUCGAAGAAAAGGACCAUUCUUGGGAUUUCAACUUGA